AAGCCAGAAGGGGGCAGUAAUGUUUCUAAAAGGACGACAGCUGUUGUAAAACCACAAAGAAGGAGAAGGAGAAGAAGAAGGCUGCACUCCAUUCGGGCUCGGAAGAAGACGACAUGGCGCUGAGAGCUACGCUGAGGAGCAAGUGCGGCGUAUCAAGUCUUCUCUCCCGGCUGUCGUCCUGCAGCAGUCAUGGCAGAGUGUGUGUGUCUCCCGUCCUUGUCGCUCAGAGGAGGAACAACUCCACCUCACCUAAACUCAAAGUGGAUUUUAACCAGAGCACGGGUGUGGCGGUGAUGCACAUGCAGAAUCCGCCAGUCAACAGUCUCAGUUUAGGUUUCCUCACAGAGUUCUGCAUCGCCGUGGAGAAGCUGGAGAUGGAUAAGAGCUGCCGGGGCCUCAUCCUCACCUCGAGCCAGCCUAAAGUGUUCUCAGCCGGGCUGGACAUCAUGGAUAUGUACGGGAAGAGUCCGGAGCACUGUGCAGAGUUCUGGAGAGCUGUUCAGGAGAUGUGGCUGAAGCUCUACAGCUCCAACAUGGUCACUAUAGCUGCGAUCAAUGGUUCCAGUCCUGCAGGUGGCUGUUUGAUGUCUCUUACGUGUGACUACAGGAUAAUGGCGGACAACCCUCGUUACAGCAUCGGCCUUAAUGAGACGCAGCUCGGGAUCGUAGCACCUUUUUGGUUCAAGGACACCAUGAUUAACACAGUGGGCCACAGAACCACUGAGAUGGCUCUGGAGUUGGGGCUGCUGUACAGCUCUUCAGAUGCCCUGAAGAUAGGACUGGUGGACCAGUUGGUACCUGAAGACCAGGUCCUCACCACAGCCACAAAGACCGUGACCAAGUGGUUGGCUAUUCCAGACCACGCAAGACAGAUCACCAAGUCCAUGAUGAGGAAGCCAACCAUCGACAAGCUGACGUCCAACAGAGAGGCUGACAUCCAGUUCUUUGUUAACUUCAUCACCAAAGACUCCAUUCAGAAGUCUCUGGGCAUGUAUCUGGAAAUGCUUAAAAAGAGAAAGAGCUAGAGGAGACUGGGAAACAUUAAAUGACACACAGGCUACGUCAUCCGGUUUUUCUUUGUCUUUUUCCUGAAAGUGUGAGCAGCACAAAUCAAAUGGAAUCUGAUCUUCUCCAUGCUGAUUUGGGCCUCUUUCCUAAUGUGGUACCUAAAUCAGAUACAGAUCCUCUGUGUGUAAGUGGUCGUAUCAGAAAUCAUGCAACCUUUACGUCACUGUAGAUUGACGUUCGUCACAGUUCAUCCCUUCAUGAGUACAAACAUGGAGGUAGAGAUAGAUGUUUUCAUGGGUCCAGAUCAAUCCUCCUCACCAAGAAAGUCAAAUAUAUCCAUGUUAUCAUCUAAUAUAGUCGUAACAUCUUCUUCAUCUUUACCAGGGCUAACAUUAGCAUUACUAAUUUGAUGAAUCUAACCUCUGGUCUCUGACUCCAUGUUUAUUUCCAUAUGACAUUUGUUUUGUCUAUGCUGUUCUUUUGCUUAUAAGGAUCAGUUCAGGACUGUGACCAGCUAACACAAGAAUCUAAUAAUGGCCUCAUUUCAAAAUGUGAACAGCCAAAUAAAAAAAAUCCGACUUAGCCUUGAACAUAGCCAUGUACUCAUAUUAGAGUAAGACGAGCUGAAAACACAUCUACCUCCAGGUUCUUGUGUUCAUUGGCGUCAGUUGUGCUCAGAUCCUUGACUCUGCAGCUCAUCUUCAUGAUGUAAUUGUUUGAUCGUACACUAAGCCCUGACGGUGGUUAGUGUGUUUAUUCUCAAACGGCAUGCUUCAGUUUUUGGAUUGGAGGGGUUUAGUAGUUAUUGUCACAGACAGGUCUUCAGCAUUAAAGUGCCUAGCCUUACUGUACCUUCAAGAGCUACAACAACUAAUGAAAGUAAGCUGGUGUGUAAUCUGAAUAGCCCACAAUGGGUGAUACCUUUGUGACCUCUAACAUUUAUCUACAGAACUUUUAAUUGUUCUAACUAUUUAGCCAGAAGUUUUUGAAUACAUAAUGUAUGUAUGUGCUCAGUGGAUUGAUUGGUGUCAUUAAAGUCAGUGUAAAGGCAA